AUUUCAUGGAUCAAGACUUGUAUAUAUAUCCAGGUAUUACUAAAAAUCUAACCAAAACUAUGUGUGGAAAACUGAAGAGAUUCAUAAGUAAUGUAAUAUAAUUAUUAUAGAAAAACAAUUUAAAGAUCAAUCCUUUUUAUAAGACGAUCCAAAAGUCAAGGAAUUUUUAGAUACUUCCUAAUAUGAUUAUAAAGUGCUCAAUUUAACCUCGUUGAAGCAAAGUACAAUUGGAAAAGAAAUUGUUAACUUUUUUUUUGGCAAUCUCAUUUGGUGUUAGGAUAUUAAUGAACUCAAUAAAUUAGACAUCAACUAUUAUUUUCAAUUCAAUCAUGUUUGGUAUGAUUAAACAGAAGAGGACUCAAAAGAAAAGAAAGAUAAAUAAGACUUCUUAGAGAAAUAGGAGAAGCAAGAGAAAUAAGAAAAAUUAGAAUGGCUCGAAAAACUAGAGAAUGCUUCUGAUCAAGAUGCUAAAAUAAAGAAAGUUAAAAUUGACUGA